AUGGAGAAGGUGCCACACCAUGGAGAAGGUGCCACACCAUGGAGAAGCUACCACACCAUGGAGAAGGUGCCACACCAUGGAGAAGGUGCCACACCAUGGAGAAGGUGCCACACCAUGGAGAAGGUGCCACACCAUGGAGAAGGUGCCACACCAUGGAGAAGGUGCCACACCAUGGAGAAGGUGCCACACCAUGGAGAAGGUGCCACACCAUGGAGAAGGUGGAGAAGGUGCCACACCAUGGAGAAGCUGCCACACCAUGGAGAAACUGCCACACCAUGGAGAAGGUGCCACACCAUGGAGAAGCUGCCACACCAUGGAGAAACUGCCACACCAUGGAGAAGCUGCCACACCAUGGAGAAGGUGCCACACCAUGGAGAAACUAACACACCAUGGAGAAACUGCCACACCAUGGAGAAGCUGCCACACCAUGGAGAAACUGCCACACCAUGGAGAAGGUGCCACACCAUGGAGAAGGUGCCACACCAUGGAGAAGCUGCCACACCAUGGAGAAACUGCCACACCUUGGAGAAGCUGCCACACCAUGGAGAAGCUGCCACACCAUGGAGAAGCUGCCACACCUUGGAGAAGCUGCCACACCAUGGAGAAGCUGCCACACCAUGGAGAAACUGCCACACCUUGGAGAAGCUGCCACACCAUGGAGAAGCUGCCACACCUUGGAGAAGCUGCCACACCAUGGAGAAGCUGCCACACCAUGGAGAAGCUGCCACACCAUGGAGAAGCUGCCACACCAUGGAGAAGCUGCCACACCAUGGAGAAGGUGCCACACCUUGGAGAAGCUGCCACACCAUGGAGAAGCUGCCACCCAUGGAGAAGGUGCCACACCUUGGAGAAGCUGCCACACCAUGGAGAAGCUGCCACACCAUGGAGAAGGUGCCACACCUUGGAGAAGCUGCCACACCAUGGAGAAGCUGCCACACCAUGGAGAAGGUGCCACACCUUGGAGAAGGUGCCACACCAUGGAGAAGGUGCCACACCAUGGAGAAACUAACACACCAUGGAGAAGCUGCCACACCAUGGAGAAGGUGCCACACCUUGGAGAAGCUGCCACACCAUGGAGAAGCUGCCACACCAUGGAGAAGGUGCCACACCUUGGAGAAGCUGCCACACCAUGGAGAAGCUGCCACACCAUGGAGAAGGUGCCACACCUUGGAGAAGCUGCCACACCAUGGAGAAGGUGCCACACCAUGGAGAAGGUGCCACACCAUGGAGAAGCUGCCACACCAUGGAGAAGGUGCCACACCAUGGAGAAGCUGCCACACCAUGGAGAAGGUGCCACACCAUGGAGAAACUAACACACCAUGGAGAAGGUGCCACACCAUGGAGAAACUAACACACCUUGGAGAAGCCUGUAUUGCUUGUAUGUUUGGUGUUCAUGGUGUGUGA